GCAUCUAUCGGGAGAAUAUAAAGCUAAAUUAAGUAGUGGCGAGCCAGGAAAUAUUGAUGACAUAAUCAAGACAACACUUGAUACAGAUUUGAAAGAAAUUGGCGCUGCCUGGUUUGAUAAGAAUAUCAACAAUCAUACAGUAAAUCAUGUUGUGGGACCUGUGGUUUUACAGCUAGAAGAACUGCACGAUGUAUCGUCACCAAAGAAUGUUGAUGUUGAAUCGAUGUUAACAGCAACCAUCUGUCGCCUGUCUCUAAGUGAUGGCCAUAUAUCUUGCUCAGCAGUCACGUUAGAACCAAUCAAGGGACUCAAUGUGAGAACACCUCCUGGCAGUAAAGUACUUUUGUCCGGGAAAAUUGAAGUGAACAGAAACUUCUUACUUCUUGCAAACAACAACAUCAGCCUGCUUGGAGGGCAGGUUAAUAGCCUGGUAGAGCCCGAGGAAGAAAAGAAGAACCAAGAGAAUCUAGUUAAAGAAACUGAACCAGUUGCAAAUGGAGAGGGUGACAAAAUAAAUGGUGGAGAAGACAAAACAAAUGGCAGAGAAGACAGAUCAAAUGGAGAAGACAAAACAAAUGGUGGAGAAGACAAAACAAAUGGUGGAGAAGACAAAACAAAUGGCGGACAAGACACAUUAAAUGGUGAAGACAAAAUAAAUGGCGGAGACAAAACAAAUGGUGGAGAAGAUAAACAACCACCACCUUUUGUUCCCUUUGGACAGAAGAUUUCAGAUGAAAUGCUGCUUUUGACAAAGAAAGGUAACUUCCAGUCUUUGAAAAAAUCAAAGGAGAAAAAAAUAACCGCAGAGGAAAUUGAAUUUCGAAAAUUUAGAGAGGCAGCACUGGAUGAAGCUUUGAAGGUCAAGGCUGUCAGAGACAGCCAGAGAGCUUUUAGAACCGGACAGUUUGUGAUUGAUUAUGGACAUUUGAACUGGAUAGUGAGCAAGGGAUUUUCUCAAGAAGAAGCUUUUGUAGCUUUACAGUCAUCUUUUGGCAAUCCAAAGAGAGCGGUCAAUAACCUAUUUCUUGAGCGACAGAGAAACCAUACAGAUGGAAAUGUAAUUCAGCCAGACACACCUCAGGGACCUCCUCAGAAUACUUUGUAUUCACCAAAUAACUAUCAUCCUCAAACUUUUCUACAAAAUAGCCAUAUUCAAACUGGAAGUGUUGCUGGCAAGUACAGUGCCUGUUCUGAAUCAAACCAGGGCUCUAAGAACCUAGACCAAGCAGAAAUCCAGAUUACAGGGGGUAAAACUAACUUCCAGGAGGGGUCUAACCAACAGGAUGUAAAAACAGACAAUGUUCAAGAAGAUGCUGGUCAAAGCAAGCCAGUCAGUAACAAUCAUAGAGGUAGCUCCGAUUGCCAGAUAAGCCUGUCUAAGUCAUGUCCAGGAGAUUAUAAGAGCAGCUCUGCUUAUUUGGGAGCUGGAAAUCGGCGAAAUGACCAGACACCUCAAAAUAGAGACUUUAACAACAGAGGUGGCAGAUAUGGGACGAACAUGGGCCAGCCGCGUCCAUUCUAUAAUAAUUAUAACAGAUCUAAUAAUGAACAGAUGCUCUACAGGACACCAUAUAGACAGCCAUAUGUUAACCCUCCAUUUACGAGGCCGACUCACCAGUACGGUGCCCCGAUGACUGGCCCAGCUUCCCACACGCAGGCACCAUUCUAUAGAUCCCCGCCAGCUGUCGGAGGAUUCAACAACAGGGACUACGCACACAGAGACAACAGGGGUGGUGGCGAUGCAGGAAGAGGUCAUAGUUAUCCUCCAGACAGGAGGUUCAGAAAUAAUUAUAUGUAUGGACCAGAGAAUGGUCAUUUUGCACAUGGAACCUACAACAAUAGGAUACCAGAAAAUGGUAGUUUUGCACAAGGAACCUACAACAAUAGGAUACCAGAGAAUGGUGGUUUUGCACAGGGAACCUACAAUAGGACUUUUUCUCGAGGGGGUUACAGUAGUGGUAGAGGAACACCCUUCAACCAACCCAGGUCAUCAUAA